GUUUGCUGUGACCAUUGGGCGAUGUUGGUUUUUUUUUGAAAAAAUUCUGGGUUUUGAAUUUCUGUGUGCUGGGUGGAUGGGGGAACAGCUGGGGAGGGGUUUGCAAGAAUCUGGGAGCUUGUGUGGUUUUUUCUGCAUUUUUAUGGUUUUCUGUGACCAUUGGGCCAUGUUUAUUUUUUUUUGAAAAAAAAAUCUGGGUUUGAAUUUCUGUGUGCUGGGUGGAUGGGGGAACAGUUGAGGAGGGAUUUGCAAGAAUCUGGGAGCUUGUGUGGUUUUUUCUGCAUUUUUAUGAUUUUCUGUGACCAUUGGGCCAUGUUGGUUUUUUGAAAAAAAAAUUCUGGGUUUUGAAUUUCUGUGUGCUGGGUGGCUGGGGGAACAGCUGGGGAGGGGUUUGCAAGAAUCUGGGAGCUUGUGUGGUUUUUUCUGCAAUUUUAUGAUUUUCUGUGACCAUUGGGCCAUGUUGGUUUUUUUUGAAAAAAUUUUCCGGGUUUUGAAUUUUUGUGUGGUGGGUGGCUGGGGGAACAGUUGAGGAGGGGUUUGCAAGAAUCUGGGAGGUUGUAUGGUUUUUUCUGCAUUUUUAUGAUUUUCUGUGACCAUUGGGCCAUGUUGGUUUUUUUGGAAAAAAGUUUCUGGGUUUUGAAUUUCUGUGUGCUGGGUGGCUGGGGGAACAGGUGGGGAGGGGUUUGCAAGACUCUGGGAGCUUGUGUGGUGUUUUUAUGAAUUUUUAUGGUUUUCUGUGACCAUUGGGCCAUGUUGUUGUUUUUGAAAAAAAUUCUGGGUUUUGAAUUUCUGUAUGCUGGGUGGCUGGGGAACAGCUGGGGAGGGGUUUGCAAGAAUCUGGGAGCUUGUGUGGUUUUUCUGCAUUUUAUGAUUUUCUGUGACCAUUGGGCCAUGUUGGUUUUUUGAAAAAAUUUCUAGGUUUUGAAUUUCUGUGUGCUGGGUGGAUGGGGAACAGCUGGGGUGGGGUUUGCACGAAUCUGGUAGCUUGUGUGGUUUUUUUUUUGAAUUUUUAUGGUUUUCUGUGACCAUUGGGCCAUGUUGGUUUUUUUUGAAAAAAUUUUCUGGGUUUUGAAUUUUUGUGUGGUGGGUGGCUGGGGGAACAGCUGGGGAGGGGUUUGCAAGAAUCUGGGAGCUUGUGUGGGUUUUUUUUUGAAUUUUUAUGGUUUUCUGUGACCAUUGGGCCAUGUUGGUUUUUUUUGAAAAAAUUUUCUGGGUUUUGAAUUUCUGUGUGCUGGGUGGCUGGGGGAACAGCUGGGGAGGGGUUUGCAAGAAUCUGGGAGCUUGUGUGGUUUUUUUUUGAAUUUUUAUGGUUUGCUGUGACCAUUGGGCCAUGUUGGUUUUUUUUGAAAAAAAUUCUGGGUUUUGAAUUUCUGUGUGCUGGGUGGAUGGGGGAACAGCUGGGGAGGGGUUUGCAAGAAUCUGGGAGCUUGUGUGGUUUUUUUCUGCAUUUUUAUGGUUUUCUGUGACCAUUGGGCCAUGUUUAUAUAAUUAUGAAAAAAAAAUCUGGUUUUGAAUUUGGGUGUGCGGGGUGGAUGGGGGACCAGUUGAGGAGGGAUUUGCAAGAAUCGGGGAGCUUGUGUGGUUUUUCUGCAUUUUUAUGAUUUUCUGUGACCAUUGGGCUAUGUUGUUUUUUUGAAAAAAAUUUCUGGGUUUGAAUUUCUGUGUGCUGGGUGGCUGGGGGAACAGCUGGGGAGGGUUUGCAAGAAUCUGGGAGCUUGUGUGGUUUUUUCUGCAAUUUUAUGAUUUUCUGUGACCAUUGGGCCAUGUUGGUUUUUUUUGAAAAAAUUUUCCGGGUUUUGAAUUUUUGUGUGGUGGGUGGCUGGGGGAACAGUUGAGGAGGGGUUUGCAAGAAUCUGGGAGGUUGUAUGGUUUUUUCUGCAUUUUUAUGAUUUUCUGUGACCAUUGGGCCAUGUUGGUUUUUUUUUGAAAAAAUUUUCUGGGUUUUGAAUUUCUGUGUGCUGGGUGGCUGGGGAACAGCUGGGGAGGGGUUUGCAAGAAUCAGGGAGCGUGUGUGGGUUUUUUUGAAUUUGUAUGGUUUGCUGUGACCAUGGGCCAUGUUGUUGUUUUUUGAAAAAAAUUUCUGGGUUUUGAAUUUUUGUGUGGUGGGUGGCUGGGGGAACAGCUGGGGAGGGGUUUGCAAGAAUCUGGGAGCUUGUGUGGGUUUUUUUUUUUUUUUGAAUUUUUAUGGUUUGCUGUGACCAUUGUGCCAUGUUGGUUUUUUUUGAAAAAAUUUCUGGGUUUUGAAUUUCUGUGUGCUGGGUGGAUGGGGGAACAGCUGGGGAGGGGUUUGCAAGAAUCUGGGAGCUUGUGUGGGUUUUUCUGCAUUUUUAUGAUUUUCUGUGACCAUUGGGCCAUGUUGGUUUUUUUGGAAAAAAUUUUCUGGGUUUUGAAUUUCUGUGUGCUGGGUGGAUGGGGAGGGGUUUGCAACAGUUGGGGAGGGGUUUGCAAGAAUCUGGGAGCUUGUGUGGGUUUUUUUUGAAUUUUUUUGGUUUUCUGUGACCAUUGGGCCAUGUUGUUGUUUUUUGAAAAAAAUUUCUGGGUUUUGAAUUUCUGUGUGCUGGGUGGCUGGGGGAACAGCUGGGGAGGGGUUUGCAAGAAUCUGGGAGCUUGUGUGGUUUUUUCUGCAUUUUUAUGAUUUUCUGUGACCAUUGGGCCAUGUUGGUUUUUUUUGAAAAAAUUUCUGGGUUUUGAAUUUCUGUGUGCUGGGUGGAUGGGGGAACAGCUGGGGAGGGGUUUGCAAGAAUCUGGGAGCUUGUGUGGUUUUUUUUGAAUUUUUAUGGUUUUCUGUGACCAUUGGGCCAUGUUGGUUUUUUUUGAAAAAAUUUUCCGGGUUUUGAAUUUUUGUGUGGUGGGUGGCUGGGGAGGGGUUUGCAAGAAUCUGGGAGCUUGUGUGGGUUUUUUUGAAUUUUAUGGUUUUCUGUGACCAUUGGGCCAUGUUGGGGAUUUUUGAAAAAAUUUUCUGGGUUUUGAAUUUCUGUGUGCUGGGUGGCUGGGGGAACAGCUGGGGAGGGGUUUGCAAGAAUCUGGGAGCUUGUGUGGUUUUUUUUUGAAUUUUUAUGGUUUGCUGUGACCAUUGGGCCAUGUUGGUUUUUUUUGAAAAAAAUUUCCGGGUUUUGAAUUUUUGUGUGGUGGGUGGCUGGGGGAACAGUUGAGGAGGGGUUUGCAAGAAUCUGGGAGGUUGUAUGGUUUUUUCUGCAUUUUUAUGAUUUUCUGUGACCAUUGGGCCAUGUUGGGUUUUUUUGAAAAAAUUUUCUGGGUUUUGAAUUUCUGUGUGCUGGGUGGAUGGGGGAACAGCUGGGGAGGGGUUUGCAAGAAUCUGGGAGCUUGUGUGGUUUUUUUUUUUUAAUUUUUAUGGUUUUCUGUGACCAUUGGGCCAUGUUGUUUUUUUUUUGAAAAAAAUUUCUGGGUUUUGAAUUUCUGUGUGCUGGGUGGCUGGGGGAACAGCUGGGGAGGGGUUUGCAAGAAUCUGGGAGCUUGUGUGGUUUUUUUUUGAAUUUUUAUGGUUUGCUGUGACCAUUGGGCCAUGUUGUUGUUUUUUGAAAAAAAUUUCUGGGUUUUGAAUUUUUGUGUGGUGGGUGGCUGGGGGAACAGCUGGGGAGGGGUUUGCAAGAAUCUGGGAGCUUGUGUGGGUUGUUUUUUUUUUGAAUUUUUAUGGUUUGCUGUGACCAUUGUGCCAUGUUGGUUUUUUUUGAAAAAAAUUCUGGGUUUUGAAUUUCUGUGUGCUGGGUGGAUGGGGGAACAGCUGGGGAGGGGUUUGCAAGAAUCUGGGAGCUUGUGUGGGUUUUUCUGCAUUUUUAUGAUUUUCUGUGACCAUUGGGCCAUGUUGGUUUUUUUUGAAAAAAUUUUCUGGGUUUUGAAUUUCUGUGUGCUGGGUGGCUGGGGGAACAGCUGGGGAGGGGUUUGCAAGAAUCUGGGAGCUUGUGUGGGUUUUUUUUUUGAAUUUUUAUGGUUUUCUGUGACCAUUGGGCCAUGUUGUUGUUUUUUGAAAAAAUUUUCUGGGUUUUGAAUUUCUGUGUGCUGGGUGGAUGGGGAGGGGUUUGCAACAGUUGGGGAGGGGUUUGCAAGAAUCUGGGAGCUUGUGUGGGUUUUUUUUGAAUUUUUUUGGUUUUCUGUGACCAUUGGGCCAUGUUGGUUUUUUUUGAAAGAAUUUCUGGGUUUGAAUUUCUGUGUGCUGGGUGGAUGGGGGAACAGUUGGGGAGGGGUUUGCAACAGUUGGGGAGGGGUUUGCAACAGUUGGGUAGGGGUUUGCAACAGUUGGGGAGGGGCUGGGGGAACAGUUGAGGUUUUUGAAGACUUUGGUGAUUUUUAAAGCUUUCCCAAAACUUCUUUUGAAGCCAUUUAAGGAUUUUGAAGACUUUGGUGAUUUGCAGCCAUUUUGUAAGUUAAACUUUUAAAACUUUUUUUGGGGGUUUUUGGAUUUUGCGUUGGGUGUUUGGAAUUCAAGGACUUGGUUCUGGGUUUGAAUCGCUGAUUUUUUUUUCUUUUUCUGAGUUUACGAAGGUAAGAGCUGUGCUGCCAUGGGACCCAAGAAGACUGCUGCUGCUGCGGAGGCCGGCGAGAGGAAGAAGGAGAAGGUGACGCUGGAGAUGAAGAAGGAGAUCAUCCGGAAGCACGACGGUGGAAUGCGUGUGACGGACCUCGCCAGGGAGUAUGGCAGGAACCCAUCGACCAUCGGGACCAUCCUGAAGAUGAGGGAGAAGAUCCUUGCGACUGAUGCAGCCAAGGGAGUCACCAGGAUCCUGAAGAACCGCCCAGCUGUUCUGGAGGAGGUCGAGAAGUUGCUGCUCAUCUGGUUAGAAGAGAAGCAGCGUGCAGGGGACACAGUGACUGAGGCCGUCAUUUGUGAGAAGGCCAAGGCCUUGCACGCAGACCUCAUCCGGGAACAGCCAGGAACCUCAGGCGAGCCAGAAGUCUUCAAGGCAAGCAGAGGUUGGUUUGACCGGUUCAAGGCAAGAUCUGGAAUCCACAGCGUGGUCAGGCAUGGAGAGGCUGCCAGUUCUGAUGUUCCUGCGGCUGAAGACUUUGCCUUGGAGUUCCUGGAGGCUGUGAAGACAGAGGGCUACGUUCCACAGCAGGUCUUCAACUGCGAUGAGACCGGGCUGUUUUGGAAGAGGAUGCCCAAAAGGACUUUCCUCACACAGGAGGAGGCCAAGUUGCCUGGCCACAAGCCCAUGAAGGACCGCCUGACCCUGCUCUUCUGUGCCAACGCAAGCGGCGACCUGAAGAUCAAGCCCCUGCUGGUGUACCACUCGGAGAACCCACGGGCCUUCAAGAAACACAAGGUCGACAAGGAGCGGCUGAGUGUCAUGUGGCGAUCCAACAGCAAGGCUUGGGUCACACGUGUGCUGUUUGUGGACUGGGUCAAUCUUGCUUUUGGCCCUGCUGUCAAACAGUACCUGCUGGACAACGACCUGCCGCUGAAGGCUUUGCUUCUGAUGGACAAUGCUCCUGCUCAUCCUAAAGGCCUUGAGGUGGACUUGUUGGAGGAGUUCAGCUUCAUCAACAUCAUGUUCCUGCCGCCUAACACCAUGCCACUGCUCCAGCCGAUGGAUCAGCAGGUCAUCGCCAAUUUCAAAAAACUCUACACCAAGGAGCUUUUCAGGCGAUGCUUCGAGGUGACUGAUUGCACCACCAUCACCCUGCGUGAAUUCUGGAAGGACCACUUCGACAUCGUCACCUGCUUGAAGAUGAUCACCACGGCCUGGAACGGGAUCAGCCAGAGAAAUUUGAAUUGCGCUUGGCGCAGCCUGUGGCCGGACUGUGUGGCACCAAGUGACUCUGAUGCACCAGAGUCAACAGUGGUGCAGGACAUUGUUGCCUUGGGGAGGACCAUGGGCCUGGAGGUCACAGAGGAGGACGUCUGUGAGCUGGUGGAGGAGCACGACCACGAGCUGACCACCCAGGAGCUGGUUGAACUGCAGGCAGAGGUUGCGCAGGAGCAGGCCUCGCUGGAAGAGGAGGAAGCAACUGAGGAACGGCCGUCCUCCAAAGAACUGAGGGACAUUUGCCAGAAGUGGAAGGAGGUGCAGGCUUUGCAGAGCAGCACCACCCUAACAAGCACGUGGCACAUGACCAAGCGAACACUUUUGAUACGACGGUCAUGUUGCCUCUCAGGGAGCUGCUGAAAAGGCGGAUGAAGCAGCAGACCAUGGACAGGUUCCUCAGCAAGAAGCAAAGAGUAGAAGAGGAACCUUCUUCGAGUGGUCCCCCAGAGUCUUAGAAAAUGUAUGUACAGUACACUUUGUUGAUUUUUAAAUGUUUUUCUGUCAUGUUUAGAAACUUAAUUUAUUGUUCCUUCAAUUUUGAUAUGCUCUUAAAGUAUGUGUGACUUUAAAGAGCAGUUAAUAAACUAUUGUUGUACCAAAUUUGGCUUUGAUUGGACUUUUUUUGACCAUAGGAACGCAUUAAUUGAAUUUCAAUGCAUUCCUAUGGGAAACUGUGCUUCGCAAGACGAAAAAUUCGCUAGACGAAGAAACUCGCGGAACGCAUUAAUUUCGUCUUGCGAGGCACCACUGUACACAUAUUCACAACUUAUAUUAUUUGCUCAAAAGGAGCACUGACUUCCUCCCUCUUUCUGACAUCCCUAUGACAUUAACAUAUCUAUCGCAUUUCCAUAAUCACUUCUAUAUCAUAUAUUAACAUUAAGAAAUCACACUCUCAACAAUAUUAUUGCUUUUUAAUAAAUUUAUAUUGAAAUUUCUCAAAUAAGAAAUACAUAAUAACAAACACAACAUACAAAACAAAACUUUACUGAGAAGUGGCAGAGAGAUAUCUCUAGAUUUGUCUGGCAGGGCAAGAAGCCUAGAAUAAAAUUUAAAAUACUAACGGAUGUAAAGGAAAGAGGUAGAUUUGCCCUGCCAGACCUUAAACAUUAUUAUGAACCAGCAGCUUUUUGCUGGCUGAAAGAAUGGCUGCUUCUUGAAAACACAGACAUUUUGGAUUUAGAAGGUUUUAAUAAUGUAUUUGGAUGGCAUGCAUAUUUGUGGUAUGAUAAGGUCAAAGCACAUAAAGCAUUUAAAAAUCAUAUUGUCAGGAAAGCAUUGUUUAAUGUCUGGAUAAGAUAUAAGGACCUACUGGAAAAUAAAACCCCAAGGUGGCUGUCACCGAUGGAAGCGAAAGCUCAGAAAAAGCUCAAUAUGGAGGCCAAAUGGCCGAAAUAUUGGGAAAUUCUGGAACAAGAGGGAGAUAAAUUGAAAUGGCAGAGUUUUGAGAAACUAAAAAACAAAGUGCGAGACUGGCUUCAUUAUUAUCAGAUAAUGGAAGCAUACAAUUUGGACAAGAAAAUUGGCUUCCAGGUGGAAAAAUCAAAAUUAGAAACAGAACUGUUAGAACCCAAAACUAAGAUUUUGUCAAAGAUGUAUAACUUGCUGUUGAAAUGGAAUACUCAGGAUGAAACGGUGAAAUCUGUUAUGAUUAAAUGGGCACAAGAUGUUGGACAUAACAUAAUGAUGGCUGACUGGGAACAGUUAUGGACCACAGGUAUGAAGUUUACGGCAUGUAAUGCCUUAAGAGAGAAUAUUAUGAAAAUGAUAUACAGGUGGUACAUGACACCAGUCAAGCUUGCAAAAAUCUAUCAUUUGCCCAAUAAUAAAUGUUGGAAAUGUAAAUAAACCGAAGGUACAUUCUUUCACCUUUGGUGGACGUGCCCAAGGAUUAAGGCUUUCUGGGAGAUGAUUUAUAAUGAAAUGAAAAGGGUAUUUAAAUAUACCUUUCUGAAGAAACCAGAGGCCUUUCUCCUGGGCAUGGUCGGCCAAUUGGUGCUAAAGAAGGACAGAACUUUCUUUAUGUAUGCCACAACAGCAGCAAGAAUACUUAUUGCAAAGUAUUGGAAGACACAAGAUUUACCCACUCUGGAAGAAUGGCAGAUGAAGGUGAUGGACUAUAUGGAACUGGCGGAAAUGACUGGCAGAAUCCGAGACCAGGGAGAAGAGUCGGUGGAAGAAGAUUGGAAGAAAUUUAAAGACUAUUUACAGAAAUACUGCAAAAUUAAUGAAUGUUAGAAUGAUGUCAGAAUGAAGUUAAGUGGUUUUAGCAGCAAUGUUAUAAAGGUGUAUGUAAAAAUGGAUUGUUAACAGGUGAAAAUCCAAAGUUAUAUUAAGUUAAAGGAUUAAGACAAAAACAAAGAGGGAAAGGAAUUGCUGAAUUAACUAAUAGAACUGGAAUACAAAAAAGGGAGGUGUGAGGAGGUCAGGGAAGCAAGGAAAUGAAAUGUAAGGCAUGGAAG